ACAUUAGAUGAAAAAAACUGAACAAAAGAGCUUUGUCCAAGUUGUAACCGAUUCCAAAUCAUUCUGCAACGGUCUGUAAAAUGGUGAACAUAAUUCACAUUUUUGUCAUUUUGCUUUCGACGCUUUUGAUUUCCAGUCAUGGAAAUGCCGUCGAGUCUCCUCUUUGUGGAGGACGAGUUUUUGUGGAGAAUGCGAUCGUGAUUGAAGCUCCAGUUCACGAAGAUUGUCACUGGGAUAUUCAUACGCAAGAAGAUCGUAUCCUCGUCAUCACAGCGCUCAGCGGAAACCUCAAAGAAGCUCAAGAGUUUCUAACGAUUCACGAUGGAUCCGGCAAAGAUUCGCCCAUUCUGAUAGUGGAGAAUCAAAAGACCCACGAGCGUUCAAGAAAAGAUUUGCCAAAGGCCGUGUACACGACACAGUCGACGGCGAGCAUCCGAUUUAAAAAGGCACCAACUUCAAAUUUACAGCUCAAAAUUCAAAAGGCAGUCGAUUGUCCAUUUAAUCUGGGAGGGGAAAGCCAAUGCGGACGAGUAGUCGACGAAGUUUCGUGCUACUGCGCUACUUUCACCAAGAGAGAUCACUCGAACCAAACGACUUAUUGUACUGAUCACAAUAUGAAAUUGGUAACGCUGGAAAGUUACGAGAAGGAGCAAGCCAUUUACGCCGCCUGGAGCACUGAGUAUUGGUUUUGGACUUCUCUGACCGACACACAAGAAGAAGGAAGGUGGCUUUGGGAAAGUACAAACACAAAUUUGUAUCCUGGGUAUGCGAAUUGGUGUCCAAAAAACCCCAGUGAUUCAGGUGGAAAUGAAGACUGCAUGGAUAUGGAGUGGGGUUGCUGGAACGACUUACCUUGCAGCAAUACACAAGAUGCUAUUUGUCAAGCCAUUCCUUAAUUCUGCUAUGAUAAAAAUUCUUUUCCACCGUUCUGUUACCGAACUUUAUAUCCCAACGAAUGAGUAACAUGAAUAUAAUUUGUGCAAGGCAGAAAGAGCCCAA